GUACAGAGAAGGAGGUACCUUAGUGAGGAAUAUAUGUUGAGGAAAGACAUUAGAAGUGAAGGGAGCUAAGAGGAUCCCUAUUACUACCAUUUCUUGAACUGCAACAAUUACCACUCUUUCUUUCAUCACUUCUCUCCUUCUCUGUCGUUCAUAUUGAAAACAAAAAUGGUUAAACUACUCGAGAGACUAUUUGGAUCUUUGGUAACGGCUCUAGCAUAUUGUUUCUUUGGCUAUCAAGAUCAUAGCGCCACCAAAAGGCCGAAACACAACUACCACCACCGCGCUCCUACGUCCCACCGUCCGCUGUCGUUGCAGACUGUGGACCUCAAAGUCAGGAUGUGUUGCACAGGCUGCGAAAGAGUUGUCAAAAAUGCCAUUCGCAAACUUAGAGGGAUCGACUCGGUGGAGGUGGACUUGGAGAUGGAGAAGGUGAGAGUGAUCGGAUACGUUGAUCGUAACAAGGUGUUGAAGGCGGUGAGGCGGGCGGGGAAGAGGGCGGAGUUCUGGCCGUAUCCAAACCCGCCGCUCUACUUCACGUCGUCGAGCCACUACUUCAAGGACAUGACGAGUGAAUACAAAGAGAGCUACAACUAUUGGCGCCACGGCUACAACACCGCGGACAGGCACGGCUCUCUUCACGUCACCCACCGCGGGGAUGACAAAGUUAGCAACUUCUUCAACGACGAUAAUGUCAAUGCUUGUCGCCUCAUGUAAUCUAAUCUAAUGUUCAUGUAGAUAAAGUGUGUAUCAUGAGCGUCUUCAUCAAUUUGAGUUGUGGUUAACAUGGCUACCCCUAUGCCUCAAUUGGCUUAACGUGCGGGUUUUCAACAUAUAUUAUAAAAAUAAGCGGAAAAAAAUAUGUUAUAAUUUAUAUUUUUUUA